AUGGCACAUUGGUCGCUUUCAAAAAACGGACAAUUGGUGGCUACAUUAGCAUGCGUAAUUCAUGCCAUCCAAUGGAUUCAAGGCUUUCCGACCCACCCCCAUCUCAUCCCAUCCUUGGCAGCUAACAUAUCACCCACCAAUUGGGAGGCGGCAGAUGAGGCCAUAACCAAGAUUGGCCCCGGCCCCAAGGCACUCCUCAUGACUUACAGUCACGGCGAUGGUAUCGUUCACAUUCCUGGGUCAAACCCUUUUGAUGAUCAAUACCUGGUCUAUCCAAUGACAGAGAUCGCCUUCCAUCGGGUUCCCACUCAUAAAUCGUGGUAUUUAGACGACGAGUCCAUUCUCGUCCAUACUGAGGUGAUCCCAGGUCACGCAAUUCCGGUUCAAAACUCUGACCUAGCUCUAAAUUAUGAUGUAGCUCAAACAUCUCAUCAGACGCUACCUCCCAAAGCACCUCCAACGAAGUUGCGGAAAGAGGCAGAACCGUUUAUACCCCGUCUGUCAAACGCAGUCGAUGUAAGAACAUUGCGAAGGAAUAAGACCUGUGAAGAAAAAGCUGCUGUCAAGACUCUGUAUGAGCCCAUCGGACAACAAGAAUCUACCAACACGAAAGAAUUAUCCAACGCCAUGGGGAGGACGCGAAAAGGCGCAGCGGUUCCUACCCACAUGACCGGCAGAACAGACUCAGUCGCAAAUCUAUCGAAUAUACAUGAUAAUAUGCGCGAGGAGUUGCCACCAGAAGCCUUCGUUGCAUGCCCAAGUGAUCUCAGACUCUAUCCGCCCGGGUCGAGCAAUCAAGGCAGCCCUACUGAUAAUUUUCAGUCAAAAAAUAUUGGUAAGCAACGACUGGAUGAUUCAGCCUUAACCACAAUAGAGGAUACGCCUUCUUUAUCCUCGGAUAAAGAGGAAAGUUCUACGACUGAAGCAGAAGAGGAAAGCGGAACCCCCGAUCUGGCUCCCAAAUUUGAUAACAUCACUGUUUUGGACCAUCGAAAGAAAAACCGCGACAAUAUUAGCAUUUCCGGUACCGUGAGGCUCGUACAGGAGCCAACACGUGGAGCCCGUCUGACCAAGUCUGAAGCUGGGAGAAAGAUUCCACUGGGGAAAGACCAGUUUUCUACUUCAACUGAGAUUCAAAAUAGUGAUAAUAUUCUCUCCUCGAUGGAAGCGGAGAACAUAUGUUGGUAA